AUGGCGCAAGGGCAGCAAUUCGCGGGUACUGCGGACGAUCGAGUCAGCCCUGGCGACGACUCUACUUCGCGCAUCCAGCUCUACUCGUUCGCCACUCCCAAUGGCAUGAAGGUGAGCAUCGCUCUGGAGGAGAUGCAGCUACCCUACGACGCGCACACGGUGAGCAUAAUGAAGGGCGAGCAGUUCAAGCCGGAGUUCAUUGCAAUCAACCCCAACAACAAGAUCCCUGCCAUCGUGGAUCCCAAGGGAGGCCCAGGCGGCACCCCGUUGAAGAUAUUUGAGAGCGGGGCCAUCCUGCUGUAUCUGGCGGAGAAGUCGGGCAAGUUUUUGCCGCAGGAUGCUGUGCAGCGAUGGGAGACCGUUUCCUGGCUCUUCUUCCAAGUGGGCGGCGUCGGUCCCAUGUUCGGCCAGUUCGGCAUGUUCUACAAGUUUGCACGCGAGCAGUGCGACCAUCCAUACCCGCUGCAGCGCUACACGGAGGAGACGCGGCGGCUGCUGGAGAAGUGGCUGGAGGGGAGGGAGUUCCUUGUGGAUGCGGGGUACACCAUCGCUGACAUGGCCACCUUCCCCUGGGUCAACUCGCUGCAGGUGUUUUACAAAGCAGAUGAUCAGUUGCAUCUGUCAUCCUAUCCUCGGGUUAUGGAGUGGAGGGAUCGUUGUAUGGCCCGUCCUCUCACAGCCAAGGGCAUGCACAUUUGCUCGCCCUAA